AUGACUUCAGUAAAAGGAUGGAUUAAGAAAAAGAUAAGGAAUGGGUAUAUUCGCUAUUUUGAAUAUGAUGAAUUUAAAAAAAUUGGCGAAAUUGGUAGUGGAAGUUUCGGUAAAGUGAUUAAAGCAAAUUUGGAUAAUACGGGAUUGGUCGCACUAAAAAUUAUAAUUAAUAAAAAUUCAGAUGAACUUGAUGAGGUUAAUAAAGAGCUUAUCAAGGAGUUAAAGCUCCUUCGUGAGGUUGAUUAUCAUCCAAAAAUCAAUCGCUGUCUAGGAAUAACAAAAGAUUCUGAGAAUUAUAUUUUGGUGUUGGAAUAUGCCAAUGGAGGAAAUUUAAGAAAAUAUUUGGAAAAAAAUUUUACUUCUUUGAAAUGGGAAGAUAAAAUUCAAAUGGCAUUGGAUAUUACUAGUGGAUUGAAAUUUUUACAUUCCAAAGGAAUAAUUCAUAGAGACUUGCACUCAAAAAAUAUAUUAGUGAAUGAUAAAAAAUUAUUAAUUGCAGACCUUGGAUUAUCUAAAAAGCUAGCGGAAGCUACAACUCAUACAAAACAUAAUGAACUUGAGGUACUUGCAUAUAUUGAACCACAAUGUUUUAAGGAUAUUAGGUAUAAAAAAGAUAAGAAAUCCGAUAUUUAUAGUUUAGGUGUUUUAUUAUGGGAAAUUUCAAGUAAGGGACCUCCUUUUUCUGACUGUCCACGGAAUUUACUUAGAGAUCACAUUAAAGAUGGUAAUAGAGAAAAUCCAAUUGAAGGUACACCUCCAAAAUAUCAAGAGCUUUAUCAAAAAUGUUGGGAUGGUAAACCGGAAUCAAGACCCGAUAUUGAAAAAGUACAUGAAAUUUUAAGUCAAUUAUCAAUAAAUACUGUGGAAUAUUCCGAACCAUCACAACCUUAUAUUUGCGAUACUGCUAAUAUACGUACUGGUGGACAUAGUGAAUUGACUAUUCCUUCUGAUGAUAACAAUUCGUCAGUUGUACAAAAUAAAGAAUUGUCAGGAAAAGUAAAUACUGUACAACCUCAAAUUACUAAUGAAGAGCAAACUUCAGCUAGCAAUUUAGCUGAUCAGUUAAAACAAAAUGAACUGAUUAAUCGGCAAGCUCAAAUUAAAAUUAGUCAAUUAAAUCAAGAAAAAAAUAAUUUGAAAGACCAAUUAGCCCAAACAGAAGCUUAUAUUUAUGAAUUAAAAUCUCAGCAGGAAAAUAUAAUUAAACAAAAAAAGCCUAUUAGAAAAUGA